AUGAUUUCGACAAAAUCGAAAAUUCAUCCAUGUCUUAAUUCGAUUGAAACAACUGUUCAUCAGCCAUUACAAAUCCGAACGAAUAAACAUCGGUGCUUCAUUUUUUGCGUCGAACAUACGUCACUAACAUGUGUGCCAGGAAUCGGAAAAAUGAAUGAACGUCUUUUAAAUCGAUCGGGGAUAUAUAACCUUUCGGCCCUCUAUGCGAAAUAUCGUUCGAUGAAGAAUUCUCAGCGAUUUAAACAAUGGCUGCAAGAUGAAAUCGGUUUUACGUCGUAUCAAGCGAAGAUGACAACAUGUGGAAUUAGUUCGAAAUUGGGAGACGUUCGGGAAGUGAAUACGGGCUUGACGCCAAUAUGUUGUUUGAGAAAAGGACACAAAAAUAAAAGAUUUAGAAGUAAAAAAUCAGAUGAUGAAGAAAAGAUAAACACGAAGAUCGAUCAUUCAUUACUUCAAGUCGACAAUUCGCCAGUAGAGCAGAAACCAAAUCUAAAGGGGAUUCUCGAGAACCAACUGAGUCAUUCUCCACAGACUUUGUCAAACAAUAUUGACUCAGAUAAAAUUGUAAAACGACUUGUUGAUAGCUCUGAAAAGAUUCCUGACGUUGUCAAACAAGACAUAAAUAAAUCGGACUCAGCAUUUACGACGAAUAACACGAUCAAAAAAAAGCCAGAUUCUCCAUCAGCUCAUGACAGCAAUAAAGUAAUGAACGAAGAAUCCAAUAAUAUAUCAUCGAUUAAUAACGAUAUACUCUUGAACAUGAAAUCGCCACUUGGUGGUGACAAUCUUUUGGAUCCGAUGAAAGGAGAGCAAAUACAAAGCAGUCGAUUUAGGAGAAUGCAUUUAUCAGAGUCCGAUUGGGUUGAGAGUGCUGUGAAUUACGGACUUGAUUCUGGUCUCACGCCGAAAUCGCAUCAGACACUACCGAAUACUAAGCGCAAUGGAAGUAAUUCAACUACUCAACCAUCCUAUUUAUUAUCUUCUUCAUCACCACACUUACAGAUAUUUCCAAACAAUCAGCAAGACACGUCUUCUCAAUCUCCAGAUCAAACUUCGUUCACUACUGUCACUUCGAUGUCAACUGAUGAAAACUUUCAAAAACAAGCAAAUGUCACUCAUGAAAGUCUUCAAUCAAAGCGAUCUAUUGCGAUCUCACGAACUAAAACGCCAUCGAAGAGUGUUUCAUUCAUCAACGAUUCGUUAACGAGACCAGCUAUUCAACAACCAACUUUACAGUCAAAUUUAUCUUUCGAAACAUUGGAAAUGAUUCCAACGAAAGAAGGAAUGUCUCUGUCAACACUCUCAUCGCUCUCGAAUGAACAGCCCUCGCGUUCACCUCACACUAUUCAAUUUGAGGAAAACGAAGUCAAUAAACUUUCCAACUCUGAUAACAUUUCGACAUUGUGUGAGUCUACUCGUGAAAUCGACGGGAUUUCUACUACAACUUCUUUCCAAUCCCAUCACAAAAAAGUGAUUCAAUACGAUGACUUCACGAUAACACCUUCUGCCAAAACUCGAUUGCUCUCCACACAACAGUUAAUGGAAGGCCAAUCAUUAGAAGAAAAUCCUCUGAUGCCGACUCAUUCUUCAAACGAUUGCAGUAGACACGAGACACAUCCGGAUGUAUCUCAUCUAAAACAUCAACCAACUGUGCGCCUAUCAUCUCCAUCGCCAUGUUUGGCUCUUUGGAAUAACAUUUCCCAUGACAAGCUCAUCAGGCAAUAUAAAAAUCGUCAUUUUACCUUAGCUAAACAAACACCAUCAAAUCAAAAAACAAAUCGAAAUUAUUAUAAUCAAAAUUAUCAUUCGUACACCACCUUGUUCACAUAUAUCACACGGCGACAAUAUUUUCAAGAGCAACAAGCUCUCAGUGAGCAUAUUCUUUAUGUUAAUCCAGCGAAAAACUUGUGUAAAAAGCGUCCGAACGAUUGA